UCAUGUUCACAUAUUCCCCAGUAGUGCUGUCUGGCGGCUGCUGCUCAGACAGAAAACAGAAAGCGCUGAGUGAGCCGGGGAGGGGCUCUUUUAAGGGAUAUUGCCAUUGCCGGCAUUCCAACAAUCUAGCAUUCUGGUGUCCGCGUUCUAUCCGUCCCGUAGAAUUUGGGGAUCCGGUUUAUCAGUACGUCCAGUUUAACCGGAUUGCACUGAAUACUGACUGCAAAGAAAAAGAGAAGCACUGAUUUGGCACCGGACCCCCUGUUCCUUACGAGUCCUACCCUCCUUCCUUAGUGUUUUUUCCCCUUUGUCUGAUCUUCCUGAUCCCUGGUUACAAUCAGACUGCGAAAUUUCAAAGAUGCCAAGCUCACUUUUUGCCGACAUGGACAGGAACGGAAGCAGCGGGGAGACCCACGAUGACCAAAGAGCCCUGCAGAUAGCACUGGAGCUUUCUUUGCUCGGUUUGGACAACGAUGACAAUUCCGUCUACGAUAACGAACCGAGAAGAAAGAGCGUCAACAUGACCGAGUGCGUCCCAGUUCCAAGCUCAGAGCAUGUAGCCGAAAUUGUCGGAAGGCAAGGAUGUAAAAUCAAAGCUCUCAGAGCUAAGACCAACACCUAUAUCAAGACCCCAGUGCGUGGGGAUGAGCCAGUCUUUGUUGUGACCGGCAGAAGGGAAGAUGUAGCAAUGGCCAGGAGGGAAAUCAUCUCAGCCGCAGAGCAUUUCUCCAUGAUCCGAGCCUCCAGGAAUAAAAACAGCAGCUUGAACGGGGCUGCCACAGUCCCGGGGCCACCCAACCUGCCCGGGCAGACCACCAUCCAGGUGCGGGUUCCCUACAGAGUGGUGGGGCUGGUGGUGGGACCCAAGGGGGCGACCAUCAAACGCAUCCAGCAGCAGACACACACCUACAUUGUCACUCCGAGCAGGGAUAAAGAGCCAGUCUUUGAGGUCACGGGCAUGCCUGAGAACGUGGACCGAGCCCGGGAGGAGAUCGAAGCGCACAUCGCCGUGCGCACUGGGGGUCUGAUCGAGCUGACAGACGAGAACGACUUCCACGCCAAUGGCACCGAUGUGGGAUUUGAGCUUCAUGGCCCAGGGAGCCUGUGGAGCAAGCCCACGCCCAGCAUGGCCCCCCAUGCCGGCCGCAAGCCUUUCUCCAACUACCGCAAUGACAGCUCCAGCUCUCUGGGGAGUGCCUCCACAGACUCCUACUUUGGGAACAACAGCAGUUCCAGGCCGGCAGAUUACAGCCCGCCAAGCCCUGCCUUGAGCUACACCGCUUCAAACAAUGGCAACAACAACAACAACAAAAACAACAACAACAACAACGUUAACGUCCAUGGCAAUGGGAAUGGAUUUAUCUAUGGGAGUGAUGUCAUUUCCCCAGAUUGCACUGACUUGACCUUCGACUCUCCGUCAGGGUUUGACCCCGCACCUGCCCCACCCGGGUCAACCCUGAUCUGGUCCCAGUACGAACGCAACGUGGCCAUUUCUACCACCACCGCCACCACCACUGCCAUCUAUCCAACCAGUGCUUCCACUAACGCCAACGGGAUCAUUGCGAACCAGAGACGGGUGAACGGCGUGGGGUGCACCGCCAAGCCUCGGCUCUCCCCUCCCUUGCACCACGUCACCGGGGUUGCAGAGCAUCCUCUGGCACGCAGAGUGCGCAGUGAUCCUGGAGGUGGAGGCCUCGGCUUCCCUGGUUAUACCAGCAACGGGCUUUCCAGUGGCAUUGGCUCUCUCUCGGGGUCCCCCCUGUCUGGGGUCCCCUCUGAUUCCUCUUCCUCGAGCUCUUCGUCCAGCUCCUCCUCUACCUCGUCUGGUACAGGGAGGAAGGGCAGCCGGGAUUGCUCGGUUUGCUUUGAGAGCGAAGUGAUCGCAGCCCUGGUCCCAUGUGGCCACAACUUGUUCUGCAUGGAAUGUGCGAACCGCAUCUGUGAGAAAAACGAGCCCAAAUGCCCCGUCUGCCACGCUGCAGUUUCUCAGGCUAUACGUAUAUUUUCAUAAAAUAUAAAAAGAGAACAAAAAAAUGUUGUUGUACUGCAUUAUAAAGAUAUAAUAACCAGUAUAUAUAAAUAUAUAAAGCUGCAGUAUCCAAAAAGGGACACAACUUUUCAGGACUUGGGGGGGGGGGGGGGGGGGGGAAAUCUCUAACAUCUAGUGCAUGUUACAAAUAAUAAAGAUUAGUAAAUUAUAGUAAUAGUGAAUUUUACAAUAUAUUUAUAAAGUUCCAAAAAGUGAACUCAUGAUUGAGGUACUUAAGUCCUGUAAUGUACAGACUGUUAGUGAAUGGGCCUUCUGAUAUUGGAAACAUGCUAAUUGCAGAGCAAAUUGUUGGGUGCUUUGUAGAAAGUCAAGCCGUUCCUGUGGAAAAUGUAAAUGGGGGGGAAAAAAGAGAUACUGCAGCUUUAGCAAAAAGAAUAAAACAACAUAUCUUAUAUAUAUAAAAAAAAAAAUCCACAAGUUUAACGUUUUAACGAUAAAUUGCAUUAAUACAGAUUGAAGUAUUUUAUUCUUUUUUGACUUGAAAGAUUAUAUUUCGUAUUGCAAAGAUGUUUACAGGUAUUUUAAUUUAAGUUCAGUGAACUUUUUGUAGCUGGGUUAAAAAAAAAUAAUCUUUUUUUAUUUUUUAGUAUGGCCUUAGGGCAAAGAACACUGUAUUAUUUUAAUAUCACACAACUGUGGAUGGAAAUACAAACCACAAAAUGUGUAUUGCAUUAAACAGUAUUCUGUUGGGAUGGAGGUUUUUAUAGGUUUAGCAAAAAAAAAAAAAAGAAAGUCUUUUAAAUCUGCUUCACCCAGCAUAUUUUCUAUUCAGUGAUAUAAAGCAUAUUUUAUUCUAUAUUAUUAUGAAAAUGUAUAAAACUUAGUAAGUCAAACAAACGGAACCGUUUAUGCUUUCUAACAUUUGUACAAAUUAGAUUUCAGUGGAAAUUACAGAAUUCCUUUGCACCACUCUAGUUUUCUAUUUUAAUACAUUUGUUUACCACUUGUUUAUGUAUAUGUAGGUGAAGUUACUUGAGCGUAAUUGUACUUUAUUGAGCAAAGUUUAAAAACAAAGUAUAUUUUAUUUUAUGAUAAAGGGCCUUUAACCUCAUGGUCAAAUACUAAUAUUAUAUUUGCUGAAACAAGAUUUGAAAUUGUAUCAAGAGUUUUAUUUUUCUGGCAUUUUAAAGUUCUACAUAAUAAAGGUAAAACUUAAGUAAUGGUGCUACUUCAUGUUUUUUUAAGUAUUUCUAUAUAAAUCUAAUAAAAAUGGUACAUAAAA